AAAAGAAAAGAAAAUGGAUGCACUAUGCAUUACAAGCAUGAAAACAUUAUGCAAAUCACAAAUAAACUCUUCAAAUUCGAAGAGAUAUUUUUGCAGAAAUUGCCUACAAUUUUAUUGCACAACAAAUAAGACACAUAAUAUAAAGGAGUGUGGACAAGUGGCAUCAAUAUAUCCUGAGCCAAACACAAAAUCGUCAUUUAAGGCGUUCUCCAAAAAAUUAUCACCUCCAGUGGUGAUUUAUGCAGAUAUUGAGGCCGUUUUGGAAAACUAUCAAACGGCAUCAAAUAAUCCAGAGGCAUCUUUUACAUUGCCUAAACAAAAACAUACUGCGUGCGCAGUAUCAUUUUAUGUUGUUCAUAAAUACAACCCUGAGCUGAACAAAUUAUGGACUUAUGAUGGAGCUGACUGCAUGACGAUGUUCGUGCAAACAUUAAAAGAUGAGACGAUGGCCCUCUACCAAAAAUAUUGGAAAGACUGCAAGGAACCAAUCCACGAGUUCGACAUUGAUGAUGAGGACUACCAGGAGCAUGGGAACUGUUAUGCUUGCGAAGAACCCAUCGAGAUGGCCGAUCGGGAUAAAUAUUUUGACCAGUUUAGUGUUAAAUACCAGGGUCCUAUUCAUAAAAAAUGUAAAAUUAGUUUUAAAUUAAGUAGUGCCUUUUUUCCAGUAGUUUUUCAUAAUUUAUCAAGAUAUGAUAUUCAUUUAUUUAUAAAUGAAUUAGGUGGGGAACUCAAACCAAUUCGCCCAACAAAAGAAUUAUACAUUGCAUUAUCGCAAAAAAUUUUUCAAAAAGGGAUAGCAAAUUAUUCAAUUAAAUAUAUAGAUUCAAAUAGGUUUUUGAAUUCUAGUCUAGAAAAAUUAGCCUCAAAUAUGGAGGACAAUGAUUUUAAUAUAUUAAAAUCUAAAUUUAGCGGGGAAAAAUUCCAGCAAAUGAGGAGAAAAGGAGUAUUUCCUUAUGAUUAUAUAGAUAGUUUUAGUAAAUUUAAUGAAACAGAGCUUCCUCCUAGGGAUUAUUUUUACAAUACAUUAACAGAUGAAGAAUGUAGUGUAAGCAACUACAAUUUUGCCAAAGAAAUUUGGGAUUCUUUUCAUUGUAGAUCUUUAAGAGACUACAUGAAAUUAUAUUUAGAAAGCGAUGUGCUGAUUUUAGCAGAUGUGUUUGAAAACUUCCGCAAUAUAUGGGAUGCAAUGAUGAAAUACACAAAAGCAGAGUUAGAAUUAAUAAGCGAUCCUAAUAUGUAUAACUUUUUAAAAAGAGGGAUACGCGGAGGUUUAACUCAAUGCACUCAAAGAAUUUCUCAUGCAAAUAAUAAGUACAUAAAAAAUUAUGACGAAGCUAAACCAAAAAAUUAUUUAUCAUAUAUUGAUGCAAAUAAUUUAUAUGGUCGGGCGAUGAGCCAAAAACUCCCAUUUUCAAAUUUUAAAUUUUUAAGUGAGAGUGAAAUAAAUAUGUUUGAUAUCAUAAAUAUUGAUUCAUCAGGAGAUACUGGAUUUAUUCUAGAAGUAGAUCUAGAAUAUCCUGAUAAUAUUCAUGACAAACAUAAUAGUUUACCAUUUUGUCCCGAAAAUAUGGUGCCCCCAGGAGGAAAGAUUCCAAAGUUAUUAGCUGAUUUGACAGAUAAGGAAGUUUAUAUAAUCCAUUUAAAACAAUUGCAAUUAUGCUUGCAACAAGGGCUUAAAUUAAAGAAAGUACAUCGAAUUCUAUCUUUCAGUCAAUCGUACUGGUUAAAACCGUAUAUUGACUUAAAUACUAAACAUCGCAAAUUGGCUAAAAAUGAUUUUGAGAAAAAUUUUUAUAAGCUAAUGAACCAUGCAGUAUAUGGGAAAACGAUGGAAAACGUUGAAAAGCUUAGGAACAUCGCACUAGUAACUCAUUAUGAGUCUAGGCGAAAUUCACCGGGAUUUAGGCAACGAGUUGCAAUGCAUAAUUUCCAUAGUUUAGAAAUAUUUGGAGAGAAUUUAGCAGCUAUCGAAUCUACGAAGACAUCAAUUCAAAUCCAAAAAUAAGUCUUUAUUAUAAGGAUGAUAAAAGAUAUGUAUUAAUUGUUAAUAUUAAUACUUUAGCAUACGGGCAUUAUUUAUUAAGAGAAAUACUAAAUUCAUUAAAUUAAGUUGUAAAAUGUAACUUGUAAAUAAUAAAAACAUGUUGUAAAUAAAAAAAUUAAGUUUAAUAAA